UGUUGGAUCAAGCGCGCAUGCGCAGUGUAGAAAAAGACCGAGUGUUUGAGGUCGAAUAUACGAGGUCUUUUUUCUAAAUAAAAAAUCAUCUGAAAAUGCCUGAUGAUUAUAAUAAAGACGCGUACCCCGAGCCACCGCGGCGGACUCCGGUGGUUGAUAAACAGACUGCUCUUCCAAACCCCGUUUUAAUUGCAUCGAAGAUUUUCUAUUACUCUGUGGACCUUCCUGUGACCGCAUUCAGGAAUGCUUUAGAAAGCCUACAGCCCAAAAACAAACUCCACUAUUACCAUCAGAAGUUUCGACGUGUACCCGAGCUAACUGAGUGCCAAGAAGGCGAUUAUGUCUGCUAUUAUGAAGCAGAAAUGCAGUGGAGAAGAGAUCACAAGGUGGACCAGGAGAUUGUGAAAAUCUUGGAGCAGCGUGCCCGUGCCUGUCAGCAGCGCGAGGGUCGCAGCUACGAGCAGAACUGUGCCAAGGAGCUACAGAACUUUAAUGAAGUCUCCAGGGCUUACCAGUCACGCUAUGGUGAUCUGGGUGCAUAUGCCAGUGCAAGAAAAUGCUUGAUGAAACAAAAAGAGAGGAUGAUGGAACAGGCACAGAAAGCAUAAACUUUGCUCUUAUUUCUGCUGUGCUCCUCCAAUGUAUGUAUAGAUGUGUAAAAUAAAUACAUUUAUUGAAA